GGGUAUCUAGUAUGUCAUCUUCUAUAUCGUGUUAAAUCAGACAGCCCGGGCUACGUGGUGAUAGUUAACAUUACUAACAACUCCAGUCUAAUUCUACAUGAUUACCAAUCUCUACAGUUCUCUUGGAAAGGUUUAAAAAAUGUGGCUAUAUGUGGAGAUUCGAUUCUAGCUUCCGAUAUCCAUGGAAACACUGGACUCUGGGAUAUGAUAUCUGGUGAAUUAUUGGCUGAUAUUCCCAGAUCAAAGGUCACCAGUGAAAAUAUCAACCAAUCAGAUCAAUCGUUAUAUCUGGGACUUGAUGGUGGAGCUGUUCUUGUUUAUUCCAUAGAAAAUAUCAUCAUCAAAAGUUGA